GGCAGUCGGGGUCCCCGCAGCUCAGCGCCAGGCGGACGGGCUCGAGAGGAAGUGGGGAGUGGAGGGACCGCACAGCUGCCGCCGCUGGAGCGCGAGCCUGACCGGAGGAGUCAAGGUGUCUGCGUUGAGCCCUGGUGAACAGCAGAGCAUGCUGGGAUAAUUCUGCCCAGAAAAGGAAAAGCAGGCACUUCUCUCCCCAGGGAAAACACCAGCGGUGCUUUGGACCUCUUACUGCUUCGGUCAGGAGUCAUGUGGCUGGAACUUCUGCUGGCCUCAGUGCUGGGCCUUGUCAUCUACUGGUUUGUCUCCCGGGACAAGGAGGAGACGCUGCCACUUGAAGAUGGGUGGUGGGGCCCAGGGUCAAAGCCCUCAGCCAGAGAAGAUGAGAGCAUCCGGCCUUUCAAGGUGGAAACAUCAGAUGAGGAGAUCAAGGACUUACACCAGAGGAUCGACAGGUUCCGGGCCUCCCCGCCUUUGGAGGGCAGCCGCUUCCACUACGGCUUCAACGCCAACUACCUGAAGAGAGUGGUGUCCUACUGGAGGAACGAGUUUGACUGGAGGAAGCAGGUGGAGAUCCUCAACCAGUACCCUCACUUCAAGACCAAGAUUGAAGGGCUGGACAUUCACUUCAUCCACGUGAAGCCUCCCCAGCUGCCCUCAGGCCGCACCCCAAAGCCAUUGAUGAUGGUACAUGGCUGGCCCGGCUCCUUCUAUGAGUUUUACAAGAUCAUCCCACUGCUGACUGACCCCAAGACCCACGGCCUGAGUGACCAGCACGUGUUUGAAGUCAUCUGUCCCUCCAUUCCUGGCUAUGGCUUCUCAGAGGCAUCCAGCAAGAAAGGCUUAAAUACGGUGGCCACUGCCAGGAUCUUCUACAAGCUGAUGUCUCGGCUGGGAUUCCAGAAGUUCUACAUUCAAGGCGGGGACUGGGGGUCCCUCAUCUGCACCAACAUGGCCCAGAUGGUCCCCAACCACGUAAAAGGCCUGCACCUGAACAUGGCUUUCAUUUCAAGAAGUUUUUACCCCAUGACGCCUCUCCUGGGCCAACGUUUUGGGAGAUUUCUUGGCUACACUGAGAGAGAUAUGGAGCUGUUGUACCCCUUCAAGGAGAAGGUUUUCUACAGCGUCAUGAGGGAGAGUGGCUACUUCCACAUCCAGGCCACCAAGCCAGACACUGUGGGCUGUGCUCUGAACGACUCUCCCGUGGGCCUGGCUGCAUACAUCUUAGAAAAGUUCUCCACCUGGACCAAGUCAGAAAACCGUGAGCUGGAGGAUGGAGGCCUGGAGAGGAAGUUCUCCCUGGACGACCUGCUGACUAACAUCAUGAUCUACUGGACGACAGGAACCAUUGUCUCCUCCCAGCGCUUCUACAAGGAGAACAUGGGCCAGGGCAUAAUGGUCCACAAGCAUGAGAAGAUGAAGGUCUUUGUGCCCACCGGCUUUUCGGCCUUCCCUUCCGAGUUGCUGCAUGCCCCAGAAAAGUGGGUGAAGGUCAAGUACCCCAAACUCAUCUCCUAUUCCUACAUGGAGCGUGGGGGCCACUUUGCUGCCUUUGAAGAGCCCAGCCUUCUGGCCCAGGACAUCCGCAAGUUCGUGUCCCGAGCAGAGCUGCAGUGAUGGCGCCAGGUUCCAACCAUGGCUUCAGCGGCAGCCUGCUUCCUCCCAGGCCACGCUUAGGGACACUGACCCCUUUCUGAGGAGUAAGUUUGCUUCUGUCUCCUGACCACACUAGGGGGCCAGACUGAACCCCCGCAGAGUCACCUCUCACCACCCCCGUAGGCUCCACCCUACUCCACACCUGUGUUAAGUCCGUGGCUUUAAUGAUAAAUGGAUUUAUUUCUAA